AUGUUGACACCAGGAGAAAGCCUAAGAGAAGAACAUGCUACCAGUCCUAGCUGGCACCGAUGCCAAGGGAAAGCAUUUCAAGAAGAGACAACCAGGUAUCGAUGUCGGAGAAGGGGAUCACUCAAUGCUGCUACAGGCACUCAUGAGUUCGGAUUGGGUAGCGUGAAGGAGAUAAUAGAAGGAACCGCCGAAAGUAGUUCAGUUUUACCAGGUCUUCCUGAGUACAAAUCUCCUCAUCCAAUAGCAUUCUUAGUUAGUACCAUUCUUAUAAGCCUGUUUUUGACGAGUGAAGCGGCUAGGCUACAUGCUUAG